AUGUGUUUCUUGAGGCAGGCCUCUCAGCAGGCACAUUAUGAGAAUGAAAAAAGAGAGUGGCAAAAGAUUAUUCAAGAGCAACAAAAGAGCAUGGAGGAGGCACAGUCCCAAACACCAAACAUGGGUGAUGUUGAGAUGUUGCGGCUGCAAUUGCGCGAUGAAAUCGAGCAACUUUACCAGGACAAGUACAGGGCCCUGGAGGUGGAGAACGAGAGGACCCUUGACAAAUGUCUUUCCUUGACGAGGAACUAUGAAGCACUCAAGUCCGAAAUGGACACAACGGUAGGAUCAAGGGACUGGCAGGUGCAACGCAGUCUGAGGAAGUGCUGCCACAUUUUUUUCUUCACUUUGCUGGACAACCAUGCAUCUAGUGGCAGGAGAGGGUACUGGGUGGUGAUAAACUUGCUUAAAAUAUUGGAGUGCUCCUUCUGGGGUAGAUGA